UUUUUUAGCCUCGUUCGUUCUCAUUCCUAUUUUUUUUUUUUUUUAUGUAUAAAUAAAAUAAUGCCAUCAACUCUAAAAAGAACAUUUAGCGAACGAGAUGGUACUGAAUCUGAGUUGAGUCACAUUCAAAAAAAACACAGAAGUAACGAUCAAGAUGAUGAAAUAGAUGAUGAAGUCGAAAAUUCUGUAACUAAUUCAGAUGAGAAUAGUGAUACAGAGACUACUCAACUUUCUUCUUCGAGCUCACGUAAUUUAAAUACCAUCGAUCUAAAUAAUUUAAAAGUUAAUGAAGCAGGUACGAUUGCAAGAGUAGAGCUUGUUGAUUUUAUGUGUCACAAAUAUUUGAAAAUUGAUUUUGGUCCAAAAAUCAAUUUUGUCAUUGGACACAAUGGUAGUGGUAAAAGCGCCAUUUUGACUGCCAUUACUAUUGCUCUCGGUGCUAAUGCGAGUGCAACUAAUCGUGGUAAAAGCCUUGGUGAUUUCAUUAGAGAAGGAGCAAAUGCUGCGAAUAUCACAAUUCAUCUUACGAAUCGUGGUCCUACCCCUUAUAAACCUGAAUUAUACCCUAAUAUUAUUGUCGUAGAACGUCGAAUCAACAAGGAAGGGCCUUCAGGCUACAAGCUAAAAAACGCCUCUGGUCAUAUUAUAUCUACUAAAAAGGAAGAUUUAAUUGCUAUUUUAGAUCAUAUGAAUAUAUUGGUUAAUAACCCUUUGACGAUGCUAACUCAAGAUAUGGCAAGAAAGUUUUUAAGUGAUAGUACACCUGAAGAUAAAUACAAGCUCUUUAUGCUUGGUACUCAACUAGCACAACUUCAACGUGAUUUUGAAGCCGUCCGUGAGAGUUUAGAAACAGCUCGAGAAACACUAGAUAGAAAGAAACAGAGUUUACCUGCGCUCCAAGCUAAGGCCAACGAAGCUCAAAAGGAAUAUGAAGACAUUCAAGAGGCUAAACAGAUUGAUGAAAAGAUUGAUGUUUUGAAUAAUGAACUUGUUUGGUCUCAAAUCAUUCAAAAAGAGAAAGAAUGUGAAAAAUAUAAGAAUGACUUUGAAAUUGUUGAAGAACAAUUGAAACAGAUUGACGAAGCUUAUAAUGCUCAAGAAGAUAAACUUCAUACCAUUGAAGCAAAGAUUGAAAAGAAGAAAGAAGAAUGGCAAGAAAUUAUAAAUAAACCUAACCCUGAUGAUCAAAGAAAGCAGGAGCUAAUUCAAUUAAGAGCUGAACAAGAAAGAAAAAUAAGAGAAACUAACGCUGAUCUUCAGGCAAUUAAUAAUGAAACCAAAAGAACAAAAGCAGCUAAAGAAAGAAUUGAAAAUAUGCGUGAUGUUGAGGCUCAAAAGCUUGAAAAUAAUAGUAGGAUUGAGCAUGAUAAAAUAUUAAAUGAGAUUAAUAAGCAUGAAAGGGACAUUGAAGAAAAGACAACUGAACGUGACCGACUUAUUAUUGAAAGUAAGAAACUUGAAGAUGAAUUCAAAAGGGAAAAAACUAAAAGAGAAAACAUCAUUCAUGAAAUGUCCCACAUAAAACGACGUGGGGAAGAAUGUAUCAAUUUUAUUCAACGAUUAGAGAGUCAACGAGAAGAUCGUAUGAAGGCCUAUGGUAUUCGUAUGCCUGAAGUUUUAGAAGCCAUUAAACAUGAAACGAGAUGGGAAAAAAGAAGACCUGUAGGACCCUUUGGUGCUACUCUUCAAUUGCUUAAGCCGCAAUUUGCGGACACUCUUGAAACAGUUCUUAACAAAAACCUGAAUGCAUUUGUUGUUGAAUCCUUUCAUGAUAAGAAUCUUCUUUUUAGUAUCCUUGCAAGACAUAAUAUGAAAAAUGUUCCAAUUAUAAUUUCCAACUAUGAUUUAUUUGAUUACUCCUCUGGUGAGCCAGACUCUCGACAUCUCACUGUACUUAGGGCGAUUAAGUUUAAUGAUGAGUGGGUUAAACGACAGAUGAUUAUUGCAAACAAGAUUGAAAAGAUAUUGUUAAUGGAAGAUCGUCAGGAAGCAGAUGAUUUGAUGAAAACUAGACCUCACAACAUUGAUUUAUGUUUUACAAGUAGUGGCCAUCGAGUGGGUGGUAAGUCUGGUAUGAAAACUGUAUCUAUCGAAACUUAUCGUGGACCACCUCGUUUCCAAAGAGAUAUUGAUGAGCAAAUCAGAAAACAACGCGCUACUGAAGAGGAAUUAAAAAAGAAAUACAACGAAUUAGAAGUUGAGACUAGAGAAAUAAGGGCGAAUAUGAAUAACCUUGAAAAGCAAAUAAGACAUUAUAAACGUUCAGCUGAUACACUUGAAUAUGAGAUUAAUAAUUUGAAUAGUAUGAUUAAUGAAAAAAAGGAGGAUCUUCAGAAAAGUAACCCAAACAAUUUACAAGCAUAUAAUGAGGCUAUUGAAGAACAUGUAAAAGAAAUCAAAGCUUAUGCUCAACAGUUUCAAAAUAUUAAACUACAGCACGAUGAAUAUGUUCGUGAGAUUAAAGAAACAAAUAACGAGCUUAAAAUAUUUAUAAAUAAAGAAAACGAACGAGAAACGAUUUUCAGUGAACUUCAAGCUAGAAUUGAAAAAUUAGAAAGUGUGAAGUCUAAGAUUUGUGAAGAACUACAGAGUUUGAAAUACAAAAGAACACAGAUUAAUCAAAGACGUGAAUCCAAAUACACUCUAUAUACAGAAAGUGCUGCUCUUGUAAAACAAUGGAUAAAAGAAGCUCAAAAAGAAUAUCCUGAUCGUGUAUCUACUGAAAGGACACCGCAUGAAGUUGAAAAAGAUAUUAUACGUCUACAAGCAAAAGCCGAUGAAUGGGAAGACAAAAUUGGAAGAAGUUUAGAAGAAUUAGCACAGGAAACCUAUAAUACACUUAAGGCAUGGAGUGAUGCAAAUGAAACAGUAGAAGGAAUGGAGAAACUCUAUAGAUCACUACGAAAGAUGUUAGCUAAACGUAUAGAGAAAUGGGAUGUCUUUAGGCAGCAUAUAUCUAUUUCAGCCAAGAAUUAUUUUAGAUAUUUUCUUCAUAUGCGUGGUGAUGAAGGAACUAUUCGAUUUAAUCAUGAAACUAGAAAACUUGAGAUUCGAGUAUCUACAGGUGAUCAAUAUGCAAAGGGUUCACGUCAAAAAGAUUCAAGAUCAUUAUCUGGUGGUGAAAAAUCAUUUUCACAAAUCAGUUUAUUAUUGUCUUUAUGGCAAAGUAUAUCUUCACCAAUUAUUUGUCUUGAUGAAUUUGAUGUAUUUAUGGAUGCAGUAAAUCGAAAACAGACAAUGAAUAUGAUUAUGAAUUCUGCAAGUGAUAAUUCCUCACAAUAUAUUUUAAUUACACCUCAAGACGCAAGUAAUAUGGUUCCAGGGCCUUAUGUUACAAUUCAUCGUUUAGCUGAUCCAGAGCGUUAAAAGUCAAUCCGAAACAUUUGUUAAUAAAAAAACAAAGUACAUUCAAGCUCCGUUUACCACUUUAUUAGCAUUAAUUUUUUUUUUCUUUUUUUCCCCUAUUUCCAAACUUGAUGAUAAAUAAGUUUGAUAUAACAAUAAGAUAUUCUC